AUGCUCUUUUUCUACUUCCUGCUUCCCAUCAUCGUCUUUUCGGUCGAUGUCGUGGACAUUUCCGGAGCGGCCAGUUGCCCAGACACCACGAAAUUCAUCAAAAAGCUUCUGGCGUUCAAGAAAAAGUUGGAUCCGGUUCCGCUCGGAUUGAUCAUCAAGUAUAGGCCGGUUUGCCAUCGAAGACGACUCGAUAACGGAACUGUUCAGUGAGACUAAACGCUUCUGAACUUGAAACCUUCUUUUUUUUUCUUUUCAGAAACACGUGUGCCCGUGGUGAGCUCGAAUGCUCGCUGAGUCGCUUCCAAGUGUGUGCGCAAAAAUACAUCGCCGCCGAUGACGCCCUGCCGACAAUCGGAUGCAUUCAGGGCGUCCGUUCCCUAUCGGCAGCAGAGGCUUGCACACAAAACGCGCCAAGGUGACGCAUAUUUAUACUAUUCAUUGUUCAUUCGAUUGUUGUAGCAUCAAGACGUGCGCCUACUCAUCGGAGGGCAACGCCCUGUUGACUGAAGCGCAAAAAACGCGGCCGACGGGUGUGAGCUGGGUGCCGUGGAUUGUGAUCAACGGAGUGCGAGUGGCCGAGGCCGAGCACAAGCCGAAAAAGUACAUUUGUCGGUUGAAGUCUUUGAAGGGGAAUAAGGCGUGUCGGUGA